UAUGUUUAUUGGAUUUCAGUUUCACGAUGCGAGAAUAAAGAAAGACAUGCGAAAAUUAAGACUAUAAUUAUGGCGCUCUUAACCUCGCGAGGAUUGUUAAAUCUCUGACAAGGCGACAUUGCGAUAAUUAUCGCGUUAUCGAGUGUUGGUGAGGCGAUAAUUUAAGUGACACGAACAGGAUUUCGUAGUUAUGUCUACACAGAACUGUGUAACGUAUUUGGCUCAUUGCGGGGUUUUCUGCAAAAUUGAAAUAAUUUCUCUUCUUAAAAGAUGAGCUAUUUCCAAGCAAAAGUAAGCAUUACCUGUAGAUGAUAGAAAUAAACGUUUAUGCAAGAAUAAAUAACCUAAAAUAACGAAGAAUAACGAAACGUAGAAAUAGGUCAUCAUAACACACACCUUUUAAGAAACCUCAACUUGUUAACUCGUGAAUUUCCAACUGAAUUCCCCGAAAAAGGAAUGCACCAAGUGACACUGAGCUAAAGUAGUCCAGUUUGCAAAAUCGCGUAAUACAAAAUUUUACAGCGAUAGAUCUCGUUUUCAUUUAUGCGUCGACAAUGAAAUAUUCGAAACAAAAAUUUCAAAGUAGAUCUAGAUCUACAAUGGUGGCAGCAAUCAGUAAAAUAAAACCAGAAUUUGCAAUAAAUUACAACCGAUAGAUCUAGAUCUAUAACAGAUCUUGAAAGUAUAUUUGCAAAAAAACAACAAGGAGCUUUUAUUUAAUUCAUUCUAUUUCAAUUACUAAAACUGGAUUGAAAUGACAUGAAAUAAAAUGAACAAACCCGACAAAAUAUCAUUUAUUGCACAAAAAAUCAACAAGUAGACGUUUCAGUAGCCAUUUCAGAACGUCGAAUCUGGUUCAGACAACGAGCAACGUUCGUUCCAGAACGGCUAACUUACUCAUUCAAGAACGUCUAACUUAUUCAUUCCUGAACGCCACACUUAGUUAUUCCCGAACAUGUACAUUAGUCCUUCCAGAAUGUAUAACUCGUAUGUCCGUGUUAGACGUUCAGGAACGUCUAUUAUAUUUGCUAAGUUAUGACUACCCAAUGAAGGCCAUUUACUGCCGGAAGGUCUAAGUUAGCCUAAUUCUUAAAUACAGGUAAGUGUUCUAGGAAUAUCCAACGUAGUCGUUCCAGUACGUCUAUCAACAUGGAAUGGAGGAUGUCCCUUUACUUAUACACUCUUUGGAGAUCAAGACUAAAUGAGUUAUCUACCGUAUAAGAGAGCAUGGGAAAGCUGGGUAAAUGACGACUCGAUGUCCUUAUAACAAAGCUUUUAAACGGGAAAGAACGGCGGACAAUAAGCAGUUGCUUUGUGUUUUCGACUACUCUUCACGCUAUAGACUAUAGGAAGCAUAUAAAUUCCAGCAUUAUUUUCAGCCAGUAAGUAUUAAUAGAGGCACCCCUCUGAAAUCUUUUAAAUCACAUAAAGACGGUGGACCCAUAAUAAAAUUUGGCAAAUUACGAAUUCACUGUAAACUAUUUCGGCAUUCCUCGGAUUUUAUGGAAAGCCAUGUGAGAGAUGAGCCACACUGAUAUCAGAAGAAUGUCAAAUUGCCUGACGCAAAUACGUACUUACUCAGAAAUGGCAUAGUAUCGUUGCUGGUUUACUAAGCAUAUGAUAUAUCUUUGCAGGUGUACUUAGUGAAUGCUAUAUCUUAAACACAUGGCAUAUAUCAGGUUCGUUUACAUCUAUGGCUCAUAUCACUUAACACUUUUACGGGAAUAUGUUAAGGUUACUGAUUUAUAAUUGUUAAAAUCAUUUUCCUUAUAUUUAUAAAUAUUUUACUUUUUGUAAAAAUGUAAAACAUUCGCAUUAGACUGCAUAUAAAUUACAUCAAAUAAUAUCUUCACUUCAUUGUAUAGCUUCUGUAAAUUCUUAUUAAAUAUACUAAUUUUAGUGUUGAGAAAUUUUACAUUCCUUUAUAUGCAAAUGGUAUCGUUUUGCCAGCAGAAAAUGCCGAUUACUUACAGACAUUACUUAAUAUAUAAUGCGACUAAUUAUUAGUACAAAUCAUAUGAGCAUUAACUCUAGCAACAGCAAUAUCAUGCUCCUCCGUCUUCCGCCUGUACAAUGUACUUACAAAUUGCUUUCCUAUUGUAAUAAUCAAGAGUCAAGGAGUAAACUUACCAUAAAAAAUUUCUUGAUGAACAUUUUAACAUGAUUUAUCCGCAUAAGACAUAACACAGAUUGCUAUUCUUGCAUUGGGAUUACUAAUAGACAAAGGAAAAAUGAUAGGUGACGUAUCAUUUGGUGUAUUUACAAAGCUGUAUAAUACUGUUGUGUAGCCUAAUAUCAGCUAUGAGGAUUCUAUUUUGGGUUGCAUUUUAUUUUUCUGUAUUAUUGAGGUACACAAUCGUGCGAUAAGAUUUGUUCUAGGUGUUGAAAAAUGCACACCGUAUUGAUGAGGGGAAUGACCAGGAAAUUAACUAGCCAUUUAAUCAUACACUGAGGGAAAUACCGAUAUCGGUUUCUAAAGGCGAGCUAUAAAUAUAACUGGAUCUGAAAUACCUGUUUACUGAAAAUGACCACUUUUCGGCCACGAAGGCAAGAUUAUGAUUAUUAAAAAGUAAAUGCGACUGUAUGCGUUAUUAAAUCGAUUUGACGAAAUUUGAAAGAAAAACUGCAAUUGUUCGACUGCACACUUAUAGUAUGAAUAAAUCUGCACAUGUCAUUAGUGUUUAUUUUUAUCAAAGUUUUUAUAACAAUAUAUUUUUGUUUGUAAAAUGCAACUUUUGAUUCUGACAAUCCUAUAUUUAAAAAAAACAAAGUCUUUGACGGUCUACCUUUGACGACAGUGAAUACGUUCAUAUACGAGUAAAAAACUAUAGAUCACCAAACGAAACAAGGUUUCGUAUGUAUGUCUUUUUUCUCUUUUUCUUCAGUGGCAGAAAAGUACAUUUUGGCGACCUUUUUUAAAGCAACAGUAUUGCUACAUAAUAAAGGACACAAUGGUUAUCUGAAUUUAACUUUUUGUUUGUUUUAGGACUAAUAUGAUAAAGCUUGGCUCAAACUGCCAAUAGGCCUAUAAACAUGAAGCAACCAGCACCAUCCCGCCUUUGACUAACAUUUUAUCCAUAUGAGCCUUCUAGAACCAUUUAGAGUGAGCUUCAAUAAAUGUGGUAUUGUAUUUCGGGAAGCUAGUAUUUAGAACCCACACAUCGUACCUCUGUCUUACACUUUAUAUGUACUUUCUCGCUCCAGAUAUUUUAAUGGCGUCAUAAUAUUGUAUGUCAUAAUUUUAUUACAGCGUUGCAAAUUAAUUAAUUGUGUCAUUACGAGAUUGUAAAAUAGGCUGAUUUUAUUGACAUAAAGCUAUGUAAGCUAUUUGUAACGAAAGACGGAGUGACAAUUUUGUAUCUUAUGGGUUUUUCUUGAAUUAUGCGUUUGAAAAACAAAUCAACUAUGAUUUAGAUAGUGUUUUAAAUGCAUAGUUUAAUCAUGUACCUAUUUUUUCUAAACACUUUAUUUUCUUAGUUAAUCUUCUGACUCAGAAUCCGCGCGUUGAAAUGGGAAUUGAUUUUAAGGAUUUAACUUCAGAGGAAGUAUGACUUAAAGAAUUUACAACGUUGAGCAGAAAAUGACAGAAAUUCUUCGCGAACAAAUCGUAAGAAACAGCUUGGUAGAUAUGAUUCAACCUGUGUAUCAGAAUGAAUAUGUUACUAGGAAUACAUUAUACAUAUCGUUCUUUAAUGCACCGUCUUGGAUAGAUCUCGCAGGUGAUAGUGAAUACCUUAAACAUAACUGUCAUUUUGAUAACUGUAUCUAUACCAGAAGAAAGGAAAAUAUUUCAAUGAUGUCAGCGGUGGUAUUCAGUACACAAAAUGGCGUUAAUAAACUAGAUACAGAGCGUUUUCUUAAGGAACGCCAAAAAGAUCAAAUUUGGGUCUUCUUUAGACUUGAAGCCCCGACAUUUGGAAAUAUAUCAUGGUAUAGAGAUCCUGCUUGGAGAAAUACGAUGAACUGGUCAUGGGGAUAUAGACUUGAUUCUGAUAUAUUUCGACCUAUGCAAGCAUUGACAACGAGAAAAGUAAUACCAAAUAAAGACUACAGAUCAAUAUUUUUUAGAAAGACAAAGAUGGCCGCUUGGAUAGUUAGCCAUUGCAAGGCACCAAGCCUUCGAGAUGAAUACGUUUUUAAAUUAAUUCAGAGCGGAGUUUCUGUUGAUAUAUUUGGAUUGUGUUCAGACAAUAAAAUAAGAAUUGAUCGAAAAAUUCUUUCAGAGAAAAUAAACAAUGAAUAUAUGUUUUACUUGUCGUUCGAAAACAGCAUUUGUACCGACUAUAUUUCAGAAAAAUUCUAUUAUUAUUUAAGUUUAGAUACUGUCUUAGUUGUACGGGGUGGUUUAAACUAUUCUAAGCAUUUUGAUAACAAAGCGUUUAUUGAUACAUCGGCAUUUCAAACUGUAAAGUCAUUAGCUGUGUUUAUGCUGAAUGUUAGCCAAAAUAUUAAUCUGUACACUUCGUAUCUGAAACACAAGGACAAGUACAAUAUUGCUGAAACAAAAACAGAAAGCAUGAGACAGUCUGAAUGCCAGUUAUGCGAAAAACUAAAUAAUAAACGUUUUCAUAAAAAGAUGUAUAGCAAUAUUGAAACAUAUUUACAUAAGGAUACUUGUAACAAUCCCAAAGUUAUACUGUAAAUUCAUGUUUUCAAAAUUGUUAAUCAAAAACUAGUGUCUGAUAUAAUUAAACUAUCUCUGCUUUAAAAACAUUAAAACUUUUAUCAAGGUU